CGUAAGAAAAAUAUACAGAAUAACGCGAAUUACAAAGUGAAUAGAUAAAUCCAACGUUUAUCAUACCUUACUCAAAAAAGAAACAAGGAAUUUAACAGCCAGUUUAAUAUAUACACCAAAAAGAUAUAAUGGCAAUCAAGCUGAAUUUUAUUGUCGUCUUUCUGAUUUGUUGUAGAUAUUUCACAGAGGUUUAUUCCCUAGUGGAAUUUACAAACGUACAAUGCGAGUCUCUGGAUAAGGAUUUUGCCUUAUUUGAUUAUUGUUUUCUGAAGUCUGUCAACCGAUCUUACAAAUAUGUUUCCCUCAAAGUUAAGCUUCUAAAGAUACCCAUAACCAAAAUUAAGGUGAGCUUUGCUCUAUAUAAACGGGUGAAUGGCUAUUUGCCUUUUCUAUACAAUAUGACUUUAGACGCCUGCAGAUUCCUUAAAUCGCCGAAUCCCAAUCCGAUUGCCCUUUAUUUUUACAGUUAUUUCAAAGAGUAUUCCAACAUAAACCAUACUUGCCCCUAUAACCAUGAUAUUGUGCUGGAUAAGAUGCCAUAUGAUAAGAUAAAUAAUAUGGUAACGAAAAAACUACCCUUUCCGGAGGGGAAUUACCUGAUUGAAGGGCACUGGAUAGCCUACGACAUUGAUCGAGCUAUAACUAAAUUCUAUUGGUCUCUUACUUAA